AUCAUAAGAAUAUUUUUCCAAGUUUUAAAAUUUAAUUAAACUUGUCUCUCUAUCUCUUUAUAUAUGUAUACGUACAUAACAAGGCAAUAUUCAUUCCAGUUGUCUCAACAUUUAAGAGAAGGUAGUGAGAAUGAGAGGUAUACAUAAUAUAUAGUCUAUGGAGUCUUCUCCUUCUUCUAUAUAUAAUCUAUAAAGCAAAAACUCAUAAACUCUUUACUCAGAUAAUUCAUCUUGGUACUUUCUUAACUUAGAAGAAAUAUAUAAUUGAAAAUGGUGAGGCCACCAUGUUGUGAGAAAUUAGGUAUUAAGAAAGGACCUUGGACUCCUGAGGAAGAUAUCAUCUUAGUUUCUUACAUUCAACAACAUGGACCUGGAAAUUGGAGAUCAGUUCCGACGAAUACCGGUUUGAUGAGAUGUAGUAAGAGUUGUAGACUUAGAUGGACAAACUAUCUUCGACCCGGCAUCAAACGAGGUAACUUCACAGAUCAUGAAGAGAAAAUGAUUGUUCAUCUCCAAGCUCUUUUGGGCAACAGAUGGGCUGCUAUAGCUUCAUAUCUUCCUCAAAGGACGGACAACGAUAUAAAAAAUUAUUGGAAUACUCAUUUAAAGAGGAAGCUGAACAAAGAUCAAAGUUCUGAUGAAACCGGUGUUGAUCAAGAAGCUCGUUCGCAGCUGCCAAAUAAAGGACAAUGGGAGAGAAGGCUGCAAACAGAUAUUCAUAUGGCCAAACAAGCCUUAUCCGAGGCUUUAUCGCUUCAACAAAGCCCAACUAAACCUGAGAUGAAGCCCUCAUCAAGUUCCUCUCAUUCUCAUGAACAUCUACCAAAUCUUCAUAUUCCAUCUCCAUAUGCAUCAAGCUAUGAAAACAUUGCUAGAUUGAUGGAAAAUUGGAUGAAAUCACCUAACUCAGCUGAAACAAAUUCCUCAUCAAUAUUCAGCAACUUGGUAACCACAGCAGGAUCAAGUUGUAGUGAAGGAGCACAAAGCACAACACAAGAUCAUCAUGUUUUUGACUCUAAGAUUUUCAACUCCAAAUCUGAAUAUUAUGCCUCUAGAUUUAGGGCAACUCAUGAAGGGAAUAAUAACUUGAUGAAUACGAAAGAGAGUCUCUUUCAAGAUGAAAUGAUUAAUAUUAAAGGAAAAAUGGAAACAAAUGUCCCAUUAACUUUGUUGGAAAAAUGGCUUUUUGAAGAUGGAGGGGCAAGUCAUGAAUGCCAUGAAGAUCUUAUAAACAUGUCAUUGGGAGAUCAAAGUACUUCAGAUUUGUUUUAGAAAUUGUAGAACUACUGCAAAUCAAAUCUAUUACAUCUUAAUUUCUUAAUUACUCUACAAGGAAGGAAAGAAAUUGUACAUUAUAAGUACAUUUGUACCCUAUGUAUUAAAUUAGGCAUGUUAUGUAGUACAAUUAAUAAUUAAGAGUUCAAUGUGUAUGUGUUUUGGAUUUUAAUUAUUUUACUGUUUUG